CCUCUGGUCGGCCUUGAGCUGCAGGUCAAAGGCGGCGGGCUGUCGGACGGCAUGGCUCUGGUCGCCUUGCGGAGGAGCCUGUGUCGUCUGCCCGACUUCCGGGUCCGGAGGGCUGUCACUCUGAGAAGGCGACUCGGGAGUCCCGUCGCCAGCCGGCGGCCGCGUGCGCCUCCGCCGGGGCCUCUCCGAGUCGGGCUCCAUCGGGCCUACGGGCACAGGUUCCUGUCCGAGGAUGGAAGUGCGCUCGGGCCAGCCGGGGAGCCGCACUGCCCCGGGCUGGGCCCCUGGGACGGGGCUGGAGGCAGCCGCGAGGGAGAGGACGGGCCGGUGCCGCCGAGGGCCCCGGGCGAGGAGCAGGUGCACCUGCGGACACUGGACGGCCUGGCCUCGGCGGAGGACGUGCUGGCCUUUGUGAACGCGCUGGACCCUCUGCCCGACAGCGUGGCUGCCAGGGCUCUCGAGCGGCUCGGCGAGGUGGGAGGAAGGGGUGGCGGCCCGGGCUCUCCGGCCACGUGGCCCCCGUGCAGCGCCAGCCUCAUGGCCGCCCUGAGGACCCUGGUGCUGCUGCGGGCCGACCCCCGGGGCAGCCUGCUGGGCCGGCUGCUGGCCGAGUGCCUGCGGCGCCUGGCCGGGGGUGACCUGCGCGUGCGGGAGCUCUGCGUGCUCGGGGAGAGCCUGCUGGCGCUGCGGGGCCCGGGCUGCGAGGCCCUGACGCGCGUGCUGCAGCAGCUGCAGGGGGCCGACGAGGCAGACUGGGGCCCGGACGACGUGGUGGCCGUCUACGGCGUCCUGCAGGCGUGCCCCGAGCAGGCGGGCCUGCAGCAGGGCCUCCUGGCCAGGUUGGCCCGUGUCGCCCUGCCGCUGGUCCCACAGCUGGGCCCCGCCUCGGUGAGCCGGCUGCUCGCUGCCCUGGCGGGCUUGGACCAGGCGCAGGCGCGGCCGCUGCUCUGCAGGCUGGCCAGGCACGCCGUGAGGCUGGUCCCGCACUUCACCGCGCCCGAGCUGGGCCGCGUGCUCGACGCCUUGGCGCACUUCGGGCACCACGACCGCGUCUUCACGCACGCCCUGGAGCGGCACGCGGCCGGCCUGGGCACCGGCCUGGCGCCCGAGGUCGGGAGCAGCGUGGCCGAGUUCUGCGGCCGGGAGCUGCUGCUGUCCCGGCCCGUCCUCGACGCUGUGGCAGGGACCCUCGUGGGCCGCUUGGAGGAGUUCUCGCCUGCUCAGAUCUCGAAAGUCAUCGAAGCUUUCGGAAAACUCAACUACGUGCCCCCGAACGCCGCAGCCUUGUUUGCCAAGCUCGAAACGAGGCUUUGGGCUCAGCUCAAUUCUUUUCCACCCAAAGCGCUUCUGAAGCUUCUCCAUUCGUGUUCUCUUAUUGAAUACCAUCCCGUCAACUUCAUGCCAAAAGUAUUCAGCCCUUUCUUCCUUCAGCGACUACAAGGUGAAGAAUCCUGCUUGGACAGAGUCAGUCUGGCGCAGCUGACCCAGCUCUUCCUAAGCUCGGUGCUCGAAUGCCCCUUCUAUAAGGGGCCCAAACUCCUUCCUAAAUACCGAGUGAAAUCAUUUCUAACUCCAUGUUGUUCCUUGGAGAGCCCCGUGGAUUUCCGGCUUUAUAAAUCUGUGAUGCUUGGACUCAUUGACCUUUUAGGAGCGAGAUUGUAUUUUGCUUCCAAAGUGUUAACACCCUAUUGUUACACGCUAGAUGUCGAAAUUAAAUUAGACGAAGGGGGAUUUGUAUUACCUGCUUCAGUUGAUGAAGAUGUCUAUAAAAGAGUCGCCUUGUGCAUUGACGGGCCACAAAGAUUUUGCUCCAACGGCAGACACUUACUGGGGAAAGAAGCUAUUAAACAGAGACACCUGCAGUUACUGGGCUACCGAGUUGUUCAGGUCCCCUACUAUGAGGUGGAGCUGCUCAGAUCCAGACUGCAAGUGGUGGAGUAUUUACAAAGAAAACUAUUUUCCCAAGACACUGCUGCCUGUUGGUAACAGGGAACCCUGGUGGCAGAACUCAGAGAGUAAAA